GCGGGUCUCAAGGGGGCGGGGUCUUGGGGUCCCUGAAAGGCGCGCACCCGGCGGGACCCACCCAGUCCCGGUCUCCUGUUUGCUCCCGCUCAGUGGUCUGCGCCGGACCCCCAGCCGCCAUGCCUAAGUGCCCCAAGUGCGACAAGGAGGUGUACUUUGCUGAGCGGGUGACCUCUCUGGGGAAGGACUGGCAUCGGCCUUGCUUGAAGUGUGAGAAAUGUGGGAAGACGCUGACGUCAGGGGGCCACGCUGAGCAUGAAGGCAAGCCUUACUGCAACCACCCCUGCUACGCCUCCAUGUUCGGGCCUAAAGGUUUUGGGCGGGGUGGAGCUGAGAGUCACACUUUCAAGUAAACCCAGGUCAUGGGAACACUGUCCGGGGCUGCCCACUGGGCCACUGCCCCUCCAGGCUGAUUGCAGGCCUUAUCCUCAGGCAACCGGGGCCCUCUGUCGACUCCCAUGCCCUCAAUAAAGUUGAACACUCAGAA